AUGGAAUGUGAACAAGUUGCUCCUCUUCGUCAGAGUCAGGAGAGAUUCAGAAGUCCGGAUAUAUCUCGUAGAACUUUGGGUGAAGAAGCUGUUGCAGCACACACAGUUAAGAAAUCUCGUCGAGCUAAAUCAACUGAACCAACUGCUCUAGAUCCUGAUGACCCUUUUGUUAAAUACACAAACAAGGGGGAUGGAUUUAAUGAAACUCCUCAGGAGGAAACUGUUGAUAAAAGAUGGUCGUUAAUCGCCAAAAACUACGAAAAUAUGUCUAAACAAGAGCUGUUAAGUAACUACCGGCUAUUAAUGAAUGAGAAGCUUCGGUUGGAAAGGUUUUUAUCGAUAAUGACAAAGAAUAACGAGAUGGCUCGUAAUCGUCUUGAAUCCGACCUGUUAGAUGCUAUGAUGUGCAUAGAGGAUUUAAAACAAGCUCUUGAAAUUCGUAUGGCACGACGACGUAAAAUUGAUCCUCGUGAAGCUGAAGAAAGACGAUAUUUAAUACGUCAGAAUAAAAAGUUAUUGAAUCAGUUAUUUGAAUCAGCCAAGAAAAUUGAACGACUUGAAGUGACUAAAGUAGAAAUGAAAGAACAAUUGGAGCUGUUGGAUUUUCAAAUUGUUGAAGUUGAAAAUCAAAAAGCUAUGAUGGAAGAAGAGCUGAGAAAAAUACCACCGACUGUACACGAAGAAACUCAAACUGAGGAAAACUCCUCUGAUAAUCACCAAUUGAUAUCUCAAUUAAAAGAACAACUAAGUCUACUCAGAUCAGAUUUAUCAAAUCAAAAAGCUGAAACUGCUGCUGCUCAAGCUAAACAAAGUCAUUUGGAUAAUUUAGUCAGAGAGUUACGUCGAGAUAAUAUUGAAUUAAGAGACCAGUUGGCACGUGCAGACGAUGCAGAGAAUUCGCUAGCAGAAAGUGAUAAACCAAUGGCUGCUGAUGUUCGACUACUCAAGUCCCAAUUAGAAGAGCAGUUAGAACGUGUCAGAGAAUUAGAAGAAAAAUUGAAUUCAUCACGACAAUACUCAGAAAAAUUGGAAUGCCGUGUUCAAGAUCUUAUCAAUCACAGUAAUUGUCAACCGUCAAGUGAAUCUUUAUCUUUUGAAAAUCUUGAAGAAAAUACAUCAGAUUCACUUUACACAAUGACUUCAUCAGCGCCUAAAUCACUUUUAGAUGAACGUGAUCAAGAAAUAGGUCAAUUAAAAAAUAGUAGUACUGGUGGUGAAGAUGUAAAUCUACCAAAACUAUGCGAAUCAUCAAUUCAAACUGAAUUAAACAAUGAACAAAUGAAUAAAUUAUCAACUUUAAAAGAAACAUUAAAUUCAGGUGGUCAUAUACUUACUAAUCAAGAAUAUGAAACAUUAAAUAAUGAAUUAAAGCAAACAUUGGUUACACUAGCCAGUAAUCCAGACAAUACAGAUAAAUCAACUACUGAAGGACAAUUAAACCAAGAUAAUAAUAAUACUAGUGAUGAUUUAUUACUUACAGCUAAUAAACUAAGAAAAUUAUCUCAAGGCAUGAAAGUUAAAUCAACUCUACCAGAAACUAAACCAUCCAAUAAUGAUGCCACUGAGACCCAAAAUACUGUCACUGAGGAGCAAAAAGUAAUUGAAGAUUUACGUGGUCAAGUCGAUAGUUUAAAGCAAGAAAUUAAAAGAUUACAACGUGGUACAUCUACUGUUGAAGAACGAAAUGUCAGUGGAAAUGUUGGUGAAUUCCAUCUAUCACAUAGUUCACCAAGUCAUUUCUAUUCAAUGGAUCCAUCUGAUAGUAUAGAAAAACUUUCUAAAGAUAAAUCGAAUGGCUCGUACAAUCCUUCAUAUUACAGUACUCAACUACAGGAACUACGUCAAACUGGUGACUUAGAAUUAGUUCGUGCACAUCUCAGCCUAUCGGAAAGACGUCGACGUGAACUUGAAAGACGGAUAACUGAAUUAACUGAUGAAUUGGCACGUUCUCGAGCUGAAGCACGUUCAGCAGAAACUAGUCUUUCUGCUGCUCGUCGAACUGAAGCAGCCUUAAGACGACGUCUUCUUGUAGCAAUGGAUUCACGUAAUUCACCAAGUGGAAAUUAUGAAAUGAAUGCAUUACAUGGUUCACGUGAAAUAACUACUAGUGGAAGUUCAGAAAUGUUAAAUAUUGUAGAAUUACAAGCAGAUAUUAUUAAACUACAAGCAACAAAUGCAUCCUUAAAUGAAGCUGCUUUACUAGAUCGUACUAGACUACAUGAUCAAGCUAUGCGUAUAGAUCAAUUGGAGUCAGAGCAUAAAGCACUACUCGAUCGAAUUUCAUGUCUACAAGCAGCUGAAACUGGUGCACAACGUGGUAUUGUCCGCCUACAGGCCCUUUAUGAAGAUAUGCUACGUGAAUACUCAGAGUCUAAACCAUUCGAAUUAACUAACAGUCGUGGACGUGAUCGUCAGCGAAGCCAAUCACGUAAUGCUGCAGACAAUGAUAACAAUAACAAUAGUCAUGUUCGUAAGACAUCACGUGGUUAUGAUGUCAGACAAUUGGAAAGACAAAUUUCUGAUCUGAAAGCUGUAAAUGCAUCAUUGAAACAAACUAUUAGCGACAAUUCAAUGCAACUAUCAAAUGCAACAUCUACUACAAUUCCAGUUGGAACGUGUAAUUCACCAGCUUGUAUUGCUGUACGUAAUCUAUUGAAAGCAUUACAAAAUCGUUAUAAUGAUUUAAUGAAUCAGUAUAUACAAAUGCAACAGUGUACAACAAAUGGUCAAGCAAUUGAAAUGAAUACUAAUACCAAUAAUGAUAAUGAUAGUAUCAUUCUUAGAAAAUCAUCAAGAACACCAGCUUUCAUUGAAGAAUUAUACAAUCAGCUAACAAAUAUAUCAAUUUUACUGAGUGAAAAUAAUUAUAAUAAUAAACAAGACAUUAGAAAUUAUGAAUUAGGUGAAAAUAUUAACAUGUGUUUACGGUUAAUUGGUUUAUUGAAUAAUUGGAUUAAAUCAUGUCUAACACAGAAUGAUAUGGAGAUAGCUCAUCUGCGUUCAGUAAUUAUGAAUUUACGUAUGUGUAGUGGAACAAAUGUUGAUCAAAAGACAGCAGUAUUCACCUCGUCUGUAGCCAAUCCAAUCAGUAGUGAUGAUUAUGAACAGAAUAAACAACAAACUUUCUCUUGUUCAAUUAGUUUAACUAGAAAAGAGGAUCCGAGGAAUUGCCUCAGUUACAGUUUUGAUUUCGUCGAUCCGAAUAGUGUUGUUUGGUUUUUUUCUCAAUAGGAAAUAAAAAGCUAUUCAUCAUCACAUCAAACAUUGAAAAUGAAAUUCGGCAAGCAAAAAAAAAGAAAACCAUGAAAAAAAGGCAAAGAAAACUAAGUUACAUCACAUUAGUACUAUACUUACAUAAUAUAUAUAAAUAUAUACAAUAUUUUACUCAAUAUUCUCUCUCUCUCUUGUAAUCAUUUUUAUUACUUUAAUGCCAUUUAUUUUUAUUUUCUUUGAAUAUUCAAUGACGUACGUAAACAUUUGAAUAAUAUGCAAUAUGCAGGUGAUUUUGUGUCCCUGUGUUUCCGAUCCUUUUCUCUCUUUGUCUCUCUCUCUCACACACUGACACACACAUACAAACACAAACGCAUACAUCUUUUCGCCUUCUCCUCCUGAGUACCAUUUUCGUCAGCAGUCACUUUUGUUUUACAGUGAGACAUUCAGCUAGAUAAACUUUAAACACGUUUUUCAUAAAAACGGAUUAAAAUGGGAAAAACAGAGAGAAAAAGACGAAAACUGCCGUGAAUUUUUCAUAUCUGUUUUUUUCCUUGUCACAGUUUUCCUUCUUAUUCUUAUGAUUUUCGUCUUUUUUUUUAAUCUUUUCCGUGUUAGCCGGUAGUUGUUUCCUUCUUACUGCUAUGUCCACUUCUGUUUGACAAGAAUUUUCACAAGGUAUCAUGAGGUGUUUUCAUGGUGGGAAUUCUUGAUCACUGUCCCCAUAUUUAUAUAAUCACAUUCUCAGUAUGAUCAUGAUCAUGGUCACUAUCGAAUUCAUCCUCAUGUAUUAUUCCCAUUUAUAUGAUGUGGUGAUUUAUGCCCCAGUUUGAUAUAAAGAAGUGAUGAAUAGUGGUCAUCACUUUAACUGUGUCUGUCCCCAUUCACCUUUCGAUCAGGUUUUCAUUUUGUUAUCUAAUUUUUUGUUCAUUCAUUCAUUCAUUCUAUCAUUUUAUUGUCAAUCCUUAUUUCAAGUACUCGCUCCACCCCACCCACCCCCAACAACAACAAUCCGCUUUGACAAACUUUGGAUAAUGCGAAAAAUAUAACGAAAAAACCAGCAAACAAACAAACAAGAGAAGCGUGGAACACUUUUUUCCGACUCUCUUUUUAUAACUGACUAACUAACUAGCUGACAUCAUACUUUUAGUGUAUAUUUACGCGUUAAUUUUAGUCAUACUUUACAUAUUACAUUUUAUUGUGUAACUGUUAUUUUAAUGCAUAAGUGUUGUUUAAUAAUAAUGAUAAUAAUUCUUAAAUUUUUCUUUCAUUUUCGUCUUUAUUUUCUAUGUUCAAGGGUUGUAUAACUUUACUCUUCUCUAUACAACGGUGUUCCUUUGUCUUUGAAAGUUGUUUCUUCAAUUUUCGGUACAUUUAGUGAAAAUAUUCCAGGUAUAUACUUAUACUUGGGUGUGUGUGUGGCGAUGGGGUGGGAUGGGUAAGAGUGGAUUUUCAUGAACACAGUAACCUUCUAAAGUUUAGCAGCCCUUUUUCUUCUUGUAUGCAGCAUUUACACAAAUACAUAUAUCUAUACUUAAAUGAAGGACACUUUUCUCGUCAAUACGUUUCAUUUGAGAUGCCUUUCCUGAUGAAAAUAGGCAUACAUUAACAUAUGCAUCUCUGUCUUUUGUUUUUUAUUCCUAUUGCUUUUUGUUCUAGUUAGCUAUCUGGUGGGGAGUACAGUGGAGACUGUCAACUAAUGUCAAAUGCUUUCUCUCCUUCUGUCUCUCUGUCUCUGUCUAUGUAGGCUAAUUUUAUCUAUUUGUAGUAAGGAGUUUCUCCUUGACAUUACUUUAAUCUUUUAUCAGUUCCAUUGGCGUAUUUUCUUCCUCACUUCUUCUUUUGAUUAUGUGUAUACUCAUAUAACACCUUUUAAUCAUUAUAAACGUAAGCGUUGAAAGGGUGCUCCUUUUCUCUCUCUCUCUCUCUCUCGUCAUCUUAAUCAAAAUAUCAUAAUCAUUUAUUCAUAUUUUAUGAUGACUAAAAGUUUCUUUUGUCUUCUCUGGAAAUUUCUGAAAAGAAAUCAAACGAAUCAUAUGAUCACUUUAAUUACCGCAUAGUUUAAUGAAUCCUGAACUAUUCCUCAUCACUUUGAGUUUCUCGUCUUCAUUUGCGCAGGUCGAACUCUCUUUCCUCACACACACACACACUCACACAACCCCCGCCCGUACUUCUCUUGUAUCUUUUCACCACUUUUUAUUGUGUCAAUACCAUCUGGUGGUAUAAUACUCAAUAACACUUUUCUCAUUUAUUGUUAAAAAUUCAUCUUUUUAUUGUUUAUGUUGUUAUUUGUGUUUAUUUCUAUCUGCUUAACUUUUUACUUGUUCAUUUUGUUUUCCCAUUAAUAAUCUGUUUACAAUGCAAUCAAAAUCCACUUACUUUUUAUUAUAUAAUAAUAAUAAUAAAUAAGUUGAUUACUUUUUUCAUGAUUUUGGUUUCAGUUGUAAUUAUUGUUCUUGUUUUUUUUAGUGUUUGU